AUGUCCCCAAAUCAAUCCAAAAUUCGAAUAAAGGAAAUUACUGAACCUCCAACAUGUUCUCGUAGGCUUUUCUUAGAUUGGUAUGAUACUAAGGACAAAAAUGUUGUUGCGGAUGCUUCUAAAGGGGCCAAUGAAGGAAAUCCAUGUGCUGAAUUUGAAAUUGGGAACAAAUUUGAGCACACAAAUGAAGUUGAAUUUAGGGAUGGUAACAAGGAUGGAGAAGAUCCAUGGACUGAAUUUGAAAGUGGGGACAAAUUUGAGGAGAUAAAUGAAGAUGAAUUUAGGGAUGAUAGUGGUUAUGAAGCCAUUGAGUCCGAUGACAUAGACUUUUUCUAUUGA